AUGAUGGUUCUUGCGAUUGCUUUUCUUCUACAAGCUCUAUUAUGGGUUAAAUCAGCAAAUGCGCAAACAUGUUCAUACAUGUGGGAUCCUAUUUUCGAAGCAAAUUUGGCUAAUCCUCCAGAUAUGUGUUCUGGUAGCAAUUUGAGUACAACAAGUGGUUCUUCGUGUUCGUUUCCAUUUACCUAUCAAGGUGUCACGUACACAAGCUGUACAAUUAAGGGUCCGAAUAAUGCUGAUUUUCGGCCUCAAUGCGCUACUAGUGUUGAUAAUAGCCAAGUAGCCACCCAAUGGUCAUUCUGUACAGUCCCCACCGAUGCUAUUAUCUUUUAUUCUACGGUGAGAAAGAAUGGUCCGUGGACACAAAACAUUGGUAGUACACAGGGCGGUACCAUGCUUUGGAUAUAUGGUAGUCGUUUUGCACAAACUGGUUUCAAUACAGUACCUUCAACAACAAAAUCCAACAUCGUACAGCUAGUAGAUGGUUAUUCAGUUUACAAUUGCACAGUGCACGAUGAUAAAGUGACUAAUACACAACUGACAUGUUAUACACCGAAAAUGCCUGAAGGUAUUUAUCAAAUUCGGGUCUACGUGAAGGGUAAUUUGAUUCCACUGUACCAAUACUAUGAUUCGAAAAGAGCAACAUUUUCACCAAUGUCAACUCAAACACCUACCAUUACAGGAAUUACUCCAUUGACGGCUACACCACGUGCAUUAAUUACACUUUCAGGUUCAUUUAAAUCAGCGUGUUUUUCGCGUGAUAUGGAUGGUUGUUCACAAGAUAAUAAUCCAUUAAUUUCUCGUAUUUAUAUGGGUGGUCAACUAUGUAAUGUAAUAAAUCCAAUAACUGGUGCCAACUAUUCGGAAGUGACUGAUACUAAUCUUCAAUGUAACUUUGAUAGUAACGAAGUUGGUAUUUUUAAUAUAAGCAUGAUUGUUACCAAUGAAUAUGGACGUUCAAUGGUUCGUUCAGAUCUUUAUCGAAUAUCUGCUACUGGACAAUAUUAUAAUUUUCAAACUUAUGGAAUUGUUUCAAAUGUGUCCCCAACUGCGGGAAGUACAGCAGGUGGCACAACAUUAGUUAUUAGUGGUCAAUAUUUCAGUUCUUCUACUCAGUAUCCAAUCGUUGUCUACGUAGCUGGAGAAAUUUGCAUGAUUUUGAAUGUCACUUUAACGACUAUACAAUGUAGAACACCUGUUAGUCCAUUGGUAGUUCGUAGUCAAUAUCAAGGUGGACGAGGUCUGCAAGUAUUUUCUGAUCGAAUCAUAGUUAGCCAAGCUAUAAUGACAAGUACCAAUCCACCGAUGCCGAGUAUAAACGCAAAUCAAACAUGGACUGAUGAUGCAUCUUAUGUGUCCCAAUCGUCCUCAAAUGAAACUGUAUGGCUUAUUGGAUAUAUGCGUGUUCCAACGACAGCAACGUUCUCAUUCAUUCUUAAAACAAAUGGCUAUGGAGCUUUGUUUCUUAGCCCAAAUGAAAACCCAAUAAAUAAAACUAAAAUUGCCGAUGCCACUACUGGUUAUCAAUCGAAUCCCAUUAUCUUGCAAAACAAUACCAAUUACUAUCUAUUCGGUAUUGGCGCUCGAAUCGGUGGUAAUUUAACUAUGUCAAUACAAGCAAGGAUGUACGAGACAAUACUAACAGCAGGAAUAUCAAGUUUGGUUACGAAUGAAAUUCAACGUAUUGAUAUCAACACUACUGUUAUCAACGAAAGACAGAGUCUCGUCUAUACAAUAAACUCAACAAGUAAUGGCACAUCUGAAAUGCAAACAAUUUCAGUUGAUAAUUCAAUAUUUCAAAUUGGUUUCCGUGGUGCUUAUACAGGUUUACUCAAUGGGCAACCCACAGCUGCUAUUGUUCAGGCUGCUCUCAAUGAUUUGGCAACUAUUUAUCCUCUAUCCGUCAGAGUACAAUUGACUGGCUCGUUUUACAUUAUUACAUUUCCAAUUGAAAUGGGCGAUGUUCCACUACUUAACAUUAUUUCUACAGCCACCAACCAACCUAAUAUAACUGAAACAGUUCAAGGUGUCGCAUCAGGCACUAAGCUAGCUUUUCAACUUGAUGGGGUAACAACCAGUUAUCUCGAUUUGACUAAUAGUAAUCUUACACAAUCAAACGUGACUUCAAAUUUUAAUCAACUCUUUUCGAUUCGAUGUCCAGUCUCACUCAACAAUCUGCAAGCUACAUCAUCAAUUGUUUACGUACAAGAAUUCGAAGCUAAUUGCGUCUAUGACGAAACACGGAUUACAAGCAAUGCAUUUUGUGGCCAAUGUUCACUCAUAGGAAAUACACUCGUGUCUGAAAAUACUCAUUCAGCAAAUUAUCUUUGUUUUGCCUAUAGAAUUUUCAAUUCAUAUGUUAGCGAAAUAGGUCUUCACGUUCAAAUAAAUGGUGACACAAUAGCAACCUAUUCGACAUCAAUUUCGUUCAGUCCUAUCGCUGACAAACUCUGGCAUUAUACAUGUGUUGAUGUACGUGCUGCACUCAAUGCACAAUCAUCUGUGUAUUCAACAGCAUCGUCAAUUGUUAUUACUGGUGCAUGGCUCAAUCGAAACAUUCGACAGGGAAUAAUGGUCGAUACAGUUACAGUACGCAGUUCACUGCCUAUUGGUUAUGAAGAUCGAAGUCUGUAUCCUAUCGAUGGAGCAUCAAAUUCCAGUUCGUGUACUUUCCCAUUUUAUUACAAUGGUCAGCCUUAUUCCGCGUGUACAUUAGACAAUAAUAAUUUGCCUAUUUGUGGCAAUGCUCUAAAUCAAACCUUUCUGUGUCAAAGUUCAUCGAUCGAAGGCGUUCGUCGACUCUAUCCAAAACGACAAUUAGUCUAUAAUACAUUACAAGUGGCAUAUAACCCGAUGAAUUUUACUGUCAAUAUUUCAUUUCGAUACAGCGAUUGCUCGAGUCCUAGUUCGAUUUCCACAUUGCCUGCCGCAAGUUCCAUAGUAACUUCAAUCACCCAAGCAUCUCCCGCCGCCAAUGGAACAUUUGAUCUAACUUUUGAUGGACAAACCUAUUCAUCGAUACCAGUCAAUGUUGAUCCAACAGAAUUAUCCAAUAGGCUUCAAGCAUCAUCGGAUUUUGGUUUUCUGAAUGUUACGCGGUUGCGUGACUGUACAGGCUACUCGUACACAAUAGAAUGGUUAACAAAUGGUGGUCAAAAAUCGGAUAUAUCAAUUUCGAAUGCCAAUAGUGUAAUGCCCAUAGGUACAACUGUAACCGCAUCAGUGAUGAAAAGAGGUGGCGUCCUCUUCAAUCCUCUACCAGGUGAUAUGACACGUACAUAUCAUACAAUCUCUCAGGUCGAGGUUUUGGUGGGUGGGUAUCCAUCUAAAUGUGCGAAUACAAAUAAUAACUGUCAAUUUGAAUGGUCAUCAUCGCAAACUCCAACAGUAUCGAGCAUUGCACAAAAUAGCAUGACUUUAUUGAUUAAUGGUAGUGGUUUUAGUACAGUUCUUGAAUCGAAUAUUGUACUUAUUGGUGUGAUCAAUUCAUGUUAUGUCAUAGCGGCAACAUCCAAUUCCAUUAUAUGCAGUAUCGGAAAUGCCCCUGCAGGCAAUUACACUGUAAAUGUAAACAUUAUUGGCAAGGGUUUAGCGUCUAGCAGUAUUAAUUUCACGGCUACUAUUCCUUUGCAAAUAAUGUCAUUUUCACCUAGUCGAGGUGGUGCAGGUGGUGGCUAUUUAUUGACAAUUAUGGGUACUGGUUUCUCAUCGACUAGUAGUGUGACUAUUGAUAACAAUGUGUGUUCAAACGUUCAGAUGACCAAUUUUUCAUCGAUCACAUGUAUUGUACCCGCUACAACGGCAAAUAGCAAUCAACAAGCGAUAGUCACGGUUAUUGUUAGAUCGACUGUAGUUAAUGCAGUCUCAUUAUUCACUUAUGAUAUAGGCAAUACACCUAAUGUCUUAUCUAUUAGUCCAACUCGUGUAACUAUGAAUCCAGGCCAAUUAACCAUUUUUGGAAAUCAAUUUGGCAACACUUCAGUUUCAGUUUCAAUUGGUUCAACAAAUGCUGCUGUAAUAUCAACAUCAUCAAACCAGAUCGUUGUUAAUUUACCGCUUUUGCCACCUGGCCAAUAUUCAGUAAUGGUUUCUACAAUGAAUGGUUAUGCUCGGCCUAUAUUUUACAUUGAGUAUUAUUUUUAUGUUCAAAAGGUUUUUCCACAAGUUGGUUCAUUGUACGGUGGCACUGAUGUAUAUGUUCAAGGAGAAGGCUUUGACAAUUCAACAAGUAUUACUUUUCGCGAUAGCAACAAUCGUCAAGUACCAUGUAUUACUGUGUCAGUGCAGUCAAAUCUUAUUUACUGUCGAGCAAAACCUGCGGCUCCAGAAAUUAUCAUAACAUCAAACGGUGUUGAUCCAACAUAUGGUACUGGGUUUGCUUGGUCACCUCAAUAUGCUAUCGUGCAACGAGGCGCACUAGUCACAUGGCACUGGGGUUCAUCAGCACUCUUAUCAUCGCUGAAUUACAAAGUACAACAAGUUGCUAAUACAUAUGCUACAGAACCAGUGUUGAACGGAUUUGAUUCAGGCACAGCCACACCAUCUGGUUCAUUUUCUUAUCAAUUUGCUACGUUAGGUACUUACUAUUACUGGUCAACAGCCGUUGAUCAAGCUGGUCUCAUUACUCUGCGUGGUGUUAUUACAGUUGUGGAUGCUCUACCACAGACGCUCACCGUGCAGGCCACUUCAAAUUCUUUUACUGCUCAAUCUUGUGUAUUUCCGUUCAUAUACAAUGCUGUCAAUUAUACAACAUGCAUAACAAUAAAUGACACUCAACCAUGGUGCUCUCCAUCAUCGUUCUAUACUGGUCAACGUUUAUAUUGCACACCAACAAGUUCUGUGCCGAGUUCAUUCUGUAAUUCAAGUUCAAGCCUUAAUCCGAGUUCAUGUCUUCAAACAGUUCCUUCAGCGAAUGUACUAGAAUUUCUUUUUACACCAUGUACAGUUGGUUCAGUGACUGGUAUCUCACCUAGUCAGGGUGCUGCCGGGACAACAAUAACGAUCACAGGAACAGGAUUCAGUACCAUAGCAUGCGAAAACAACAUUCUUAUCGGUUCAUCGUAUAAUUGCCCAAUAACAAGUGUUUCAUCAACACAACUUCAGUGUCAAAUAGGUGCUGGAUCACUGCUCAAUGCUAAGACAAGUCAAAUAGUACAAGUAGCUCGUGAUCGCCAAGGCUAUUUAAACAUAGAUGGUCGAUUAAGUUUCAUAUUUCAAUCAUCUAUCUCAAAUAUUUCUCCAAAUUUUGGUUCGAUACUGGGAGGCACUCAAGUAACGAUCAUUGGUGAUGGUUUUACACCGGGUGAUACAAGAGUGAUUAUAGCUGGCAGUGAUUACACUAGUUUAGCUACUAUCUCUUACACACAAAUAGUUUUUAUUACACCAUCUCGAGGGACUUAUGUAAAUCGAAACUUAACUGUAACGGUUGCAGUCAGUACGAAUGAGGCCAUCUGUCUGGCUACAUCUUGUACAUUUCAAUGGUCAACAAUUAUUACACCAUACCUCGAUUCAGUUAGUCCAUCUCACAUAAGUGGUCCAACUACACUCACAUUGACCGGUAGAAGUUUAACUGUUGGUGGAGGAACAGCCUCAAAUACUCUUGUGAGCAUAAAUGGUAAUCCAUGCAAUAUCACAUUGAUGACAAAUUUGAAUAUGAGUUGUCAAGUGGGUCAUAUCGAAGCUGGUAAUUACACAAUUAUUGGAUUGAUCAAUGGUGUUGGAUCGAUUAAUUCAGCCGCUCGUCUUACAGUAAAUGCUAUUUUAACAAGUAUAUCACCAGCAACAAGUGGCAUCUAUGGCGGUGUCCUUCUCAACAUUGCAGGUAGUGGAUUCUCCAGUAAUAUGAACAGUAGUCGAAUCAUGGUCGGUUCGAAUCAAUGUCAACUUGUUCAAGCAACUACAAGCCAACUUGCAUGUACUGUUCCACCACAAGGCAGUCAAUCAGCUGUAGUCAAUAUAGUGGUUAUUUCGAAAGGAUUAACUUUACCUGGAUCAUGGUCAUUUGUCUAUAAUGUUUCUAAUACACCUAAUAUUGCGUCAGUGAAUCCAACAUCAGGAAGUGUUUCUCAGCUAUUGACAAUUAACGGUAUCAAUUUCAUCUCCAAUCAAACCAGUGUUUUUGUGGGUAACAUUCAAUGCAGCAUUAACAGUAUCUCUACAACAUCCAUCACAUGUACGUUGGGUUCAAGUUCAGCAGGUCCACAGCCAGUCAGAGUCUACGUAGUCGGAGUUGGAAAUUCAAAUACAGAUAUUCUAUUUACCUAUGUUUUACAAAUCACUGGUGUUACUCCAGCACAAGGUAGCUAUGGCGGUGGUCAGACAGUAGGAGUCGCUGGCGAUGGAUUCAGUACAACGAAUUUAUCCGUUAGUUUAUGCAAUCGGUCAUGUCAAAUAGUGACUGUCGUUUCGAAUACACAAAUUUCAUGUGUAACUCCUUCGGCUACUCCAUCUGUUUCUGAUACAUUGUGCAAUUUGACAGUAAACGUUGGUGCACUUGCUCGUAGCGUUUCAUUUGUUUAUCAAGCAAAUUUAACGACAACUAUUACUAAUGUAAGUCCGACUCGUGGUGGAACAGGUGGCGGCACUACACUUACAAUAAAUGGAACCAAUUUCCCAAAUUCCAUCAAUGAUAUAUCAGUGAACAUUGCUGGAGUACCAUGCAUUCUACAAACUCUAAAUCCAACAAGCAUCACUUGUUUAACUAGUAUUUAUCGGCAAACAACAGCUCUAGCACCGAUCAUUGUCUCUAUUAAUGGUUCGGGUAAUGCUGUCGGUUCACCUCUUUUUCAGUACAUCGAUUUGUGGUCGAGUCCAUGGACGUGGGGUGGUAGUUCACCACCAGAAGAAGGCACCAUUGUUGUUAUUGACAAUGGUAAGACAGUCUACUUUGAUACGACAACACCUACUCUGAAAGCAGUUAUCAUCGACAAUGCUUCGCUGAUUUUUGAUGAUACACAAGACGUUGCUCUCAAUGUGGAGUAUAUCUUAGUCGUCAACGGUGGUCUAUUUCAAGUUGGUACCGAAUCAAAUCCAUUUCAACAUCGAGCUGUCAUAACCAUGUAUGGUCACUUGCGAUCAAUUGAAUUGCCUAUCUUUGGUGCUAAAGUUUUAGCUCUACGUGAAGGUACUGUUGAUAUGCACGGUAAGCCUACCAUACAAAUGUGGACACAUUUAGCAACGACAGCAGUCAACGGUUCUUUGACAAUUACUCUUCGUCAACCUGUCGAUUGGGCAAUCGGAAGUGAAAUUAUCAUUCCAACUACAGGUGACUAUCUAAGUCAAGGUGAAAGUGAAAAACGUAUGAUAACAAAUAUAUCAAACAAUAGAACAGUACUGACAUUAAACGCACCACUUAACUGGACUCAUUUGGGUGUCACUCAACAUUUGGGUUCAGUAUCUAUUGAUGCUAGAGCAGAAAUUGGCCUCCUAUCACACAAUGUUGUGUUUCAAGGUUCAAUAACUGAAACAUGGAAUCAAACGAUUGCAGCAUGCCCAGAUGGCUUCAACCCUGAUGAAUUUGCCAUUCAAACAUGUUUUCUUGGUCGAUAUGGCGAAGAAAUAGGUUCUGAUCAAUUUGGUGCUGUGAUAAUGGCUAGUAGUGAUAUGGAUAAGAUGAGUAGUAGUCAACUAGUCGUUCUUCGCUUGUCCAAUAUUGAAGUCUUUAAUGCUGGUCAAGCAUUCCGUCUUGGUCGUUAUCCUGUACACUUUCAUAUGAACGGUAAUAUGAGUAUGUCAUAUAUAAAGUCAUCGUCAAUACAUCAAGCAUUCAAUCGAGCUGUUAAUAUUCAUGCUAGUCAUUAUGUCACCGUUGAGAACAAUGUGAUUUAUAAUAUUAUGGGCGGCGCUAUGUUUCUUGAAGAUGGCGUCGAAAUAGGAAAUGUUUUUCGAGGCAAUCUAGCCGUAUUCGUACGAACAAGUUCUAGUCUGUUGAAUGAUGAUAUAACACCGGCUGCAUAUUGGAUUACAAAUCCGAAUAACACUGUGGAACACAAUGCAGUAGCUGGUGGUACUCAUUUUGGUUAUUGGUAUCGAAUGCUUCAAAGUCCUGAUGGACCAUCGUUUGCAUUGUAUCCCGGCUUUUGUCCCAAUCGGCAACCAUUCGGACGAUUUUUCAAUAAUAGUGUUCAUAGUUGUGGUCAAUUUGGUGUAUGGAUAUUUCCUGAGUACGAACCAACAACUGGUGGAAGAUGUGGAGCCGAUGCACCGAAACAGGCAGUAUUUGAGCGACUGACUUCAUGGAGGAAUACUAAAGGAUUCGAAGCAGUGAUGUCAAAUGUAAUUCAAGUGAAGAAUGCCGUUGUUUUUGAUAAUAUUGAUAUGGGUAUUGCAUAUCUCACUGCUAUUGAGCAUCGUGAAACAAACUUACCUAACCUUCGAGCAACUUUCUAUGAUGUCAAUACUGGAGCAUCUGUUAUUGAUAGUAUUAUUAUUGGAGAUUCCAAGCUAUCUAAUAGUCCAGUCAUUCCCUGGCGUGGUGGUCUUAUUGUCGUAUGGGAUCGUGGCCUUCGCGUUAGAAACGUUUCUUUUAUCAAUUUUGAAAGUCCGCAAACUCAAGCGAUGCAUGAACCGGUAAAAGCAGGAAGAUGUAUCGAACUUUGUGGAGGUUGGACCACUAGAUUCUCUCAAAUAUCAUUUACUAAUGUUACGAAUCGUGCUCUAUUUCGUUGGUCAUAUGAUGGUUUAUAUCUUGACGAAGAUGGAACAUUGGCCGGUUUGCCAAAUGCGACAAUUUGGGCACCAGAUUCUCUGUGGAAUACGUCUACAGCAUGUGUUCCAGCAAACAACUUUGUCAAUGCGAUUCGCUGUCCAGUAUCGUUGGGUAGAUGGCUCCGGUUCGCUUUCAAUGAAGCUAGUCUAGGUAAAAAUGGUGAGCCAUUAGUGGUCUACGAUAUGUCAAACCAUUUAACAGUCGUUCCGAAACUAGCAAAGCGAUUAACUCAUCCUUUCGGCUAUAUGAUUCCGUUACUAUCGAAGCAAACAUACACAUUAGAAUUCAUAAACGCAAAUAGUUCGGUUAAUCUAUCGUAUACGGGAGCUGUUUAUGACUUAGCACCUGGUGACUAUCUAAUUUUUCGACAUAAAAUCGCUUAUCUUCCAGAUCAAGUGUAUACAUUAUCCACAACAUUGAUGACAUCGCAAUCUAGUGCGCCGCUCUCACCUCUAACGAGUAAUAAUGGCGACUGGUACUAUGACAAUACUACAACAUUCUUCUACUAUAUUGUUAAAAACCCUUCAAACAAUGCAACACCAAUAGAUGUUGUUAUAAAUUUGAAAGUAAUCAAAUGUCGCUAUCCGAAUUGUGAAUAUCCGACGCAGCCUGCGUUCGGAUUACCAGCAACAGUUCGUCCUUCUAAUGCACUAUUUUGGUCGAAUGAUUCACAUUGGGCAUUUGCAACACCCGGUUACGGUGGUUUUGGAGGCGUCAAACCUGGCAAUAACACAGAUAUAUACAUUCCACGUGGUGUUUGGCUUGUAGCUGACUAUCCAUUACCAAGUAUUCUCUCUCUACGCAUCGAUGGUGUUUUAGAAUUUGAACAGGGCAUGAAUAAUAUUCUCUACGUAAACAGUAUUUUCAUUAAUGGAGGUCAACUGAUUGUUGGUUGGCCUAAUAAUCCGUUGAACUCUAGUGUUGACAUUAUCAUAACAGGGGAAUCAGAGGCUAACGUAUUUUUACCCAAUAACGUCGGAUCGAUGGGGUCCAAAGUUAUUGGCGUCUUUGGUGGUCUCGAUCUACAUGGUAUGAAUCAUAAUGUUACAUGGACAAGAUUGGCAGUUACAGCUAAUGCGGGUCAGAACACCAUUAUUGUCAGCGAACCAGUUGAUUGGAAAGUUGGAGAUGAAAUAAUCAUUACAACUACAGACAGUAAUCUGGAUCAUACUGAAAGACAUCGAAUUUCUUAUGUCAGUUCAGGUGGAACUACUAUAUUAACAGUGAAUCAACUUACAUACACGCAUUUGGCCAUUCACCGUGUUUUUCCGAAUGGACAAGUUUUCAAUGUAUCGGGUGCUGUUGGAUUAUUGACAAGAAAUGUUCGUGUCAUCGACAAAAAUCCACCAUCAAGUCUAUAUGGUUACCGAAUACUCGUAACUGACUAUGCAACUGAUAUUUGGAACCCUGUUGCCAACGAAAGCAUUUACACUUAUUAUAAAGGUUAUGCACGGCUGUCGAAUACACAAUUUAUCGGUUAUGGUCAAUUUUUCAACGCACCUGAUGACGACAAGCGAGAAGGCGUUCAUUUGUAUAAUCUCGGGGACUGGAAUGCAUCACGACCUACUUAUAUAGAUUCAUGUUCAUUUGAUCGUGGAUCAUACUCAGCAAUCGGUAUUUGGAAUACAAGUGGUAUUCCGUUUACCAAUAAUGUCAUCUAUUAUACAUAUGAAUCAGCUAUUGUGGUCACGGGAACAAACAAUAUCAUUAACCAUAAUCUCGUUGUCACGGUCUAUUGGUCGGGUACUGCUCAGCCGACGUUUGCCGAAUUUAAUACCAAUUAUGAUGGAGCCAUUACAUCUCGAGAUGCUAUCAGUGUUGUUAUGAGGGAUAAUAUGGUUGUGGGCGUUGAACGUUUGGCAUAUCGAAUUCAAUGUGAUGCUUGUUCAGGAACUAACGUUUCAAUUAACAUCACCAAUGAUUAUUGGAAUAAUGAAGCUCAUUCAGCCAUGACUGGUGUCAACAUUUGGCCACUCGACAAAGGUUUUGAUUAUGAUACAGCCUUGACCCAUAUUGGCACUAACAACUCCAUUCAUAUACGCAACUCAAUUGUUGUUGGUGCUAUAUCACCGGAUGAUUGUACUGAUAUUGUGAAUAGUUCAUCGAAGAGCAUUGAAUUAGCACCGAAAGCCGUACCGAGUGUAGCAUCACCAAAUUCGAUGGACCUUUCACAAGGCCGAUGUGGUAUCGUUUUUCCAUAUAUUUCGCCCAAUAACAAAAUGCCAGUGAAACCUUGGACUGGUAUCAAGGCUUAUCCAUCUGUGAAUGGAGGUAUGUUCAUUACAAACACUACUUUGGCUUUUUUUAAUGAUGCAUGUGGUCGGCACGAUACCGCAAUCCAAGUCGGACAACACAAUGACGAUGGCCAGUUUCCUGUAGUGACAAGCGCAAUGCACGUAUUCAAUACAUCUCGAAAUAAUAUCAUCUUCAAUGGACGUCCGAAUAUACAAGUUUUGAACUCAGCUGAUUGUGUUGAUAUGGACUGUGAUGGACUAAAAAAAGCAUUACUGAUGGAUACUGAUGGUACCCUAUUAGGACAAACUGGUAGUGCUAUUUCUCAGGCUGAUUAUUUGUGGGGUGAUCAACAACAUGGUGUUGGUGAUUUUCGAAUACCAACAGUAGCACUUGCCAAUAUGAGUGGUUAUCAAAUUAAUAUCAGCGCAAUAUAUCCACAUAGAGGUAUCAGUUUAGCUCCAACAUGUGUUUAUAAUUCAGCAUGGCAAAUGUAUUUUUGUAACAACACACUUGAUUAUCGGAUGCUAAUUAUUGAAAGUAUGGAUUCAGAUACAGAAAGACGACGUCUUUCGCCCGUUGCUGUUAUGUCCGACAAUGGAUAUAUUGAUCUCAUUAAUGGGCCCCAAGACCAUGGCUGUUGUAAUGGGUAUACCUGUCGCAAACGGGUGUCAACAUUUAUGGCCAUUGUACAAUCUCAACAUACAUAUCUAAUUUAUUUGACCAGUACUGUACCAAAUCAGAUGCGUUUUCGUGUUUUGAAUAGUGAUGCACGCAUAAAAUUGAUUUUGGCUCUUCAUUAUGAUACACUGCAACAAAUUGACGUAUAUGCAAAUGAUAUUUACAUUUCACCAACCAAUCGAGAUUUAGGCUACUCAUUUCUUAUGUUAACUGAUCAACCAAAUAAUGUCACAUUUGCUUCACCGGCUGGCUCGAAUUAUUUUAACAGAACUACACAAAUGGCUUAUUUUGCGAUUGAUGGAUUUACAGUGAUUGAUCUUAACAUAGCGCCACUGCUCAUUCUCACAUUCAAUCUACCACCUAUGACUCCGUCAUCGUUCUUCUCAACCAAUCUCGUUGCUAAUUUGGCUAUUUUGCUUGGAGUAAAUAGUAAUAUGAUUCGACGUGUUGAUAUCGUCUCUGCUAAUUCUAAUACUACUCGAUUACGUCGUCUAACCUCAUCGACUGAUAUGAAAAUUGAAAUACGUGAGGACCCAUCAGUCAAUUUAACACUUUAUAGUACCGCAAAAAACGAUGCUUUAUUAAACGUAACAGCCAAUAUAGCUAAUAGAUUUCAAUCGGGUGAAAUGCAAGUAACAUGGGCCCAAAAUCCAGCAACGAAUAAUACGAGCCCAACAGGUUUAACUGUUCAAGAACCAUUCAGUCAGACAAACGAUGCGAUGAAAGUUAUCAGUUAUAUCAUUCUCGCCACUCAGCCGAGCUUUUGCCGCGUACAAAGUCCAUGCACAAUUCAACCAGUGAUUGUUGCGUAUGAUUCUGCCGGAAAUAUUAUUCAAAAGUUGGGUUCCAUCAGUCAACCAUGGAAAGCGGUUGCCAGUGUAGUGGGUCAAUCUAAUGUAAAUUUAUCUGGAUCUGUUGCCAAUUAUUCUACUGGGCAAUCACAAUAUAGUUUAUUUGGAUUGCCAUCGGUUGGCACCUAUCAAGUCCAAUUCACGAUUGUACCAUCUAUGGAAGUUAACAUUUCAUUUGUCAACAUAUCUAAUCUGACGGUUAUUUCAUCAAUGAUUGCUGUUACACAAGCGACAUUGGCCGGUCUUGAGGUGAAUCAUGUAUAUGUGACGAAAGUCAGUCAACGAUUUAAUGUAUCUGUUAUGCCUGUGGACAGUGUUACGCGUCGUCGUCUUGGACAAGUCACUUGGGGAACCUGGAUUUGGACAAGUGCAGUUUCGCUUUAUACUUUGCCUCGACACAAUCGGUCAGCUAUACUCACUGUCGAUCCAUCGUCAAGAACGAUUGUUGAUUCAUCUGCUGGCACAGUAACAAUCACAGAUAUUGCAAUCAAUAAUACUGGCAUGUUUAUACUAAAUGUAAGUUUAGUUUCAUCAGAUCAUAUGUAUUCCAUUCAAGUGAUAACCAACGGUAUACUUGUGAUAUCAUCGACAAGUGUGCUUGACGAGGAUACAGGGGAUCCGGUGACUUAUUUUACUUUCGAUGGAAACUAUGAUUCACUAAUAGCAUCUGGACAAAUGGAAAUCAAACGAGCCAUGAUUUACAAUUAUCUAUUAAACAUUGGCAUGCCUAUGAUCAGCGACAUGACAAUUUGGAAUGGUGAGUGUUAG